UCAGUACCAAGUUUCUAUCCUUUGGAAGUAAAUGCUACGGCUAUAUCAGCUACUGCAAUAAAUGUGACGUGGAAGCCGCCACCCAUGCUACAUAGAAAUGGAAUUAUAACCAGAUAUAGUGUACAGUACAAUUCUAGUCUUGGCAAUAGUGGAGGAAUUAUUUUCCUGAACGGGUCUUUAAUGGCCGCAACUUUGAGAAAUCUGCUUCCUUUUACUAAUUAUUCAAUCACCUUGAAGGCCGCUACUAUAAUUGGGUUUGGACCUCAAAGUCCUAAUAUUACAGUAAAUACGUGGGAAGCAGGUUAG